UCAUAUUUGCAAUAACAAAUUACGGCAUGUUUGUUUAGUUUGAACAAUUAACAAUUCCGUACUUUAUAUUUCUGUGUAAAGUGACUAUCAUUAGAACUUAAAACAAACAGUGUCAUCAAGCACCAACUGAAUGUCAUGGCCAGCCCUACUUUUGGGGCCUUCGGUCCAUUGAUUGGUGUGGUCUACGUGAGCAGUACCCAUUGUCGAUUUCUCAUUUAUUCAACUAAAAAUGCAGAAGUAUUGACUUUUCAUGAAAUAAAAUUACGUCAAAUUGUCCAUAAUGCAGGUUGGCUAGAAUACGAUCCCUUAGAAAUAUGGAAAAACACCCAAGAAUGCAUUGAGACAGCUUACAGGAGCUUAAUAAUUUUGGAAAUUAAUCCGUAUGAUUUGGUUGCUAUAAGUAUAUGUAGUCAGCGUGGAACGACACUUUUAUGGGACAAAAGCACUGGAAAUCCUCUAUGCAAUGCUAUUGGAUGGAACGAUUGCCGGACUUCCACGCUUUUGAAGACCAUUCUUGGUAAUAUAAAUUAUGAUGCAGAUUAUUUGCGCCAUAAAACGGGAUUGCCUUUAAGCACAUGUUUCAGUGCACUUAAGAUCCGCUGGCUUCAGGAAAAUAUAACUGCGGUAUCUGAUGCCAUAAACGAGGGUACGUGUCUCUUUGGCACUCUUGACUCGUGGAUAUUAUGGAAUCUCACUGGAUCCAAUAUAAGUGGUGUACACCUGACAGAUGUAACCAAUGCAGGCUACACAAGUCUUAUGAAUAUACACACUCAUCAAUGGGACGCCAAACUUUGCAAAUUUUUUCGUAUUCCCAUGCAAAUACUGCCGCGUAUACGCUCAAAUUCUGAACUAUAUGGCUAUAUAAUUGGGGGUGCACUGAAUGGUCUUCCCAUAGCAGCGUGCAUUGGGGAACAACCAGCUGCCUUGCUUGGCCAACUACAAACGAAAGUUGGUGAAAAUGUCUGCAUUAUCGAUGACAGCUGCUUUGUAUUGCUUAAUACAGGCGAAGAAUUGAUUGAGUCUUCUAAUGGUUUGCUAUCGCUGGUGGCUUUAAAAUUAGGUCCACAAGCGCCUGCUUCCUAUUCGUUGGAAGGUGCUAUUUCCAAUGCCGGUGCCACCAUUAAUUGGCUUAAGCAGGGAUUACGUAUAAGCACAGAAAUUAAUUCCAAUGACAAUGUCGUUGAAGUCCUAAGCACGUUUUUAGGGGAAAAUUCAAUGAUUUCCUCAUCUUGUUCAUCAGGUAUGCUAAAUGCCGAGUGUGGAUUGGCUGCGAAACGUUCAGAGAUAACAUUUGUGCCUGCUUUUCAUGGGUUAUAUGCGCCAUAUUGGCGUUACGAUGCGCGAGGAAUUUUACUGGGUCUAACGAGCCAAACAACAGCAGAAAAUGUUACUCAGGCUGCUUAUGAGGCAACUGGUUUCCAAAUUCACGAAGUUUUGGAUGCUUUUAAACGAGAUACACCCACAUGGAAUCGUAAAAUCAAUAAAGAGCGCUUGGUAUUUUGUGGCGACUAUGCAGAGAAUAACUCUUUCGUGCAAUUUAUAGCAGAUAUCGUUGGUUGUUUGUUGGAAAGACCACAGACAACAUCGCCUGCUGGCUUAGGGGCAAUGAUUUGUGCUGGCAUAACAAUGAAUGUGGUGUCUUUGGUGCAGGCGGAGGUAAUGUAUCCACCACCAGUGGACGCAUUUAUUCCCACAACGACGACAAAUCGGCGUGAACAAUUAUAUAAGCGUUGGAACUAUGCUGUACGGAAAUGCCUAAAUUGGAAUAAUUUUGCCACAUAUGAGGAAGAUUUGGAGUUGUUUGCUCAACGUGACAAUGAUCCGAAUCUUCCAAUACGACGUUCGCUUCCAGGUAGCAUAUAUAUAACGAGUUCAUUUUUGCUCUUGCUUGUAGCAAAUUUCCUGCGCGGACGUAACAUUUCAUAAAAGCAAAUUGAGCAAGACCUAAAAAAUUAUUAGCAGAAUCAAUGUAUUCCUAUGGUUAGUAGCUGACAUGUAGUUAUAAAAUUAUCACGGAAUUUGAAUAAUUUCAAUAUGUUAGCCAUUUCAUUUUUAAAUACAUUUGUUAAUGUUUGGAUUGCCCGAAAUUGCAAGUCUGAUUAGGCAAUUGAACGAUUGAGUGUGUGGGUGUCUAGUCAAUUUAAUUGCUGAAUACGCUUCCUUUUAGUUUAUAUUGUACAGUUCCAUAAAAGCUCUGAAAUGUGUGGUGUGUGCAUGUAUAAUGUUCAAUAUAUUUAUCGGUUGCAUUUAUUUGCAUAAUUCAUUGUUAUGAUUCGUAAUUUGAUGCGGAUUAAAUCAGCUUAUUAUCUCAUUAAGCUAAAUAUUGACAUCAUCGAUGAAAUAAAGAGCAAAGAUUCAUUUUUGAAAGUUUAAUUAAGGUUAUUUUGAUUAGGUAUUAUAUUUAUUAUCUAAUAAUAAUUUUAAAUUACAUUUAUAGGAAAUGUCUAAUAAAACUGUGGAACAAUAAAAUGUAGAUUUUAAA